GCAAAACAGUCGGUGCGCAACCAUCUUGUCAAAACUGGAGUUGGACACAAAUAAAUAUUAUAAAAUGUCCUAAAUCGCUCGUAAUGACAUAACAUUAUCUUCGUAUUUAGUAAAGUAUUGUGUUUAGUUUACGUUGGUGUUGUUUUCAACGCGGUUAUUAUACAUUUUACUCAAUAUUUCGAGUUUUGUGUUGCGUCAAAUGACGUCAUGUAUGUGAUUAUUAAACACGUAUCGUGGCUGUCGAGUUUGUAGUGAAUCAUGUUAGAGCAGGACGGCGACAGCGAGCCGGCGCACCACGCGCGCCGGCCGAUGAACGCGUUCCUAAUAUUCUGCAAACGUCACCGGAGCGUCGUGCGCGACAAAUAUCCUAACCUCGAGAACAGAUCCAUUACGAAGAUUCUAGGAGAAUGGUGGGCCAAUUUGGAUAAAGAAGAGAAAGCCUGCUACACAGGUCUUGCUAAACAGUACAAAGACGCCUUCUUCAGCGCCAACCCUGACUUCAAAUGGUACAAGCUCCCCGCCCCGCCACUCCGCACCCACACCUCCCGACCCAGAGAGACCAACGAGAAGGCAAGUGACUCCCCCGACAUAUUAGAAUACCACGAGGUCGAGCUGGAAAAAACCAACAACAACUCCACCAAGGUUGACCUCAACAAGAAGCCUAUUACCGAGAAUGCCUUCGAAACCGACCCUAAAACCCUAUCCAUGUUCACUCCCGGAAAACUGGCCGACGAAGCCCAGAUGGGAGGCCUGAGCAGCCUCCUAGCCGCCAAGACUGAAAACAAAACUCCAAACCCUUACUACUCACCUCCUUCUUAUAAAAUAAACACGAUCUCAAACGCCAGAUCUCAUACUAUUAUAGAGGCGGAUAUGAAAGGUUUCACCCGAGAAGAGAUGCUGCAAGAUGCACUCUCGGAAACAUCUAAGAUAUUCGAAGAGUUCGAUGACCAAAAAGGUCGCCUUUAUUACAGCGCCACAAACGACCAACUCACUAAUCAGGAUGUCAUCGAUCAGAUUGUUGAAAAACGGUACUCUAGAGACGACGAGUACAGCUACCAGCAACAUUGGUCAGAAGACGAAAAGAAUAUGAGAUCCGACAGAUCGUGCAAAGGGAAGAGAUACCAGGAGUUCAUGGCUGGAGGUGGACUGAUAGUUAACAAGAGGCAGAAAAGAGAUUACUCCGACAAGAUGCCAGACGAAAACUACAACGCCUCGUGUAGUUGGGAGCCUGGUAACCCGCGCAGCGAAGAGUUCGUAGCUUACGAUACGAAACAAAGUAUGUCACCUAACGAAACACCGGCCGAAAGCGAAUUUAAACCCGACGAAACCGAAGCACCCAAAGCAGACAAUAACUUAAACAAACCUUUUAAGGCUGCAGAUUUUGAUUUAGACGCGAAAAUUAAAGCGUUGCCCUCACUUAGUUUAGAAAAGUUUCAGCAAAAGAAACGCGAGAACAAACGCAAGAAAAAGACUAAUAAUGGGAAACCGAAAUCGUUCGAGAGCUCCCAUAUAGUCAACUCCGUUCCUAGGCCUUACCCGAGCGACCGGUGGGAGACGGCCGAGUCCUGGCGCCAAAACGUCAUAGGCAGUCAAAAACGGAAACCGAGGAAAAUCAGCAUCACAAGGCUCGAGAUUAACAGUUUAAUUUCUAGCGUAGAUUUAAAGGAAGCGCAUAACAUCAGCCCUGAAUUCAAAAUCGCCACGGAAGCGCCUUGCGGCGUCCAAAACAUGGAGACGCGUAAAUCUCCUGGCAACGUCGACCUGCUGGCACUGGCCACGCUGGCCGAAGUCGCAGCGAGCACGUCCAAAAUAGAAGAGGCGUCCAUCGAAAACAUUAUGGCCGCCAACCAGGGCUAACGCUUCCAAGGUAUAACAUACCAACACCAUUAGCCUUAAAAAGAUAUUCCAAAAAUUAUUUACUUUAUAAUCAGAUAAUAUUUAUAUAUAGAUCUACUUUUACAUACGCAUAAAGAUUAAUAUUAUUGUACACUUUUAAUUGUAGUUUUUAUAAAGUAGAUUAUAGAUUUUAUUUAUAUGGAAAUAAAAAUCUAUAUAUGUAUACUUUAGUUGAGUACGGCGUUUAGGCUGCUACGUUCUGCUUUAUUAGGUAUAAAGGGUGAUAGAUAGGUAAUUAUUGAUAUCACACAAAAUAAAAAAGAAGGCAUAAUCUUAUACGUUUUAAGGAAUACAAAAGUAAUCCCCAAGAUAGAGUAUAUUAAUGAAAUAACACGUUCCGAGGCAAAACGUGAUUUAUCUAAACGGAGCGUGGUAUUUUCAUGUAUUCAUCACAAUUUACUAUAAGUUAUGAAUGCCAAACAUAAGUCAUUAUGUAAGUAUAUACAACCUCAUUAUUUGUUUUCAUAUAACAUUAGUUUAUUUAAAUCGCCUUAAUUUAGAUUUAAAAAUGAAUACCAAGACAUCACAUGCAUAGACUGCAUUGCAUUUUUAAAGGGUGUUAUUUCGGUUAGCAUGCCGUGCAGGUUUCAGAAUUUUAUUAUUUUUUAUACAGACGAUUUUAUUGCGUGUAAAAUUAAUCAAGAUACUAGAAACAUCGUCCCCUUUUAUUGGGUUUUUGUUAGUAAACAGCAAGGAGCGGAAUCGUCAUAGCAAACAUUUAAAUAUCAAAGGGAGAGACUAAAAUAUUUUAUCGUCAGUCGAUAACUGACACAGCGCAACAAUAAGAUGAAUAGCAUUUUUUUAUAAUUUUAAUACUAUAAUUAGGUGCCUUAAAUAUUUUAAGGGACAUGUGUUAUAAAAUAAAUAUAUCCCACUUAAAUAAAUAUUCUGCAUCAGGUAAAGUACCUACAUAAAAUUAAAUAGAAGAAAACAGUAUAAAUGUAAAUUAUAUUUGAAAUCUUUUCGGCAUAAACUAAAUGUUCUGAUCAAAUGAAAGAAUGGCUUCCAUCUUAUUAAGUUUAUAAUAUUUAUUUGACGUGUUUCGUUGAUUAUAGAUAGCAGAUAGAUAAAAUAUAUUGUUAUUUCCCUUUGACAUUAGGAUUUGUAAUUUUGUACUAUGACGAUUCUUUCCCUUGGUAAUCAGAAAUUUAUGGAAACGUUAAUAACGUUUAGUUGAACGCUAGAGUUAUCCUAAAGGCCUUACAAGCCGGCCAAAUUUAUUUGUGAGUUAAACUCGCAAUUUAGCACUUGUGAUAAACCUUUUCUAAGAGUUAGAUGAUAAUUAUGUUUCUCCUAUCAAUUUUUACUUUCACUCAUUCUCUUUUAUAAAUUAUUGUUUAAUAAAUGGAGAUAUCUACAUUUAACUUACUAAAUCCUAUUUAAAAGAACAUUCUCAUUUUAUUAACUGUUCAUUGUUUAGUAAAUAUACAAAAUAAUUGUAUCCCUUUAGGUACCUGAAACUCAAAAACUUCAUGUGUAUCAUGAAACAAAAAAAUAUAUUACAACUUUGUAAUUUAAGUUAUUUUAACCAAUUUUAAGUUCACACCAUUGUCACUAGCUUACUUUCGGAACAGUGUUUCUCAAAUUGUUUUCUUUUUCUUAUUUAUUUGUGAUGGACUUACUUUUUCUGUGAUUUAUUCUGUCGCCUAUGGAGUUUCCUGAGGCCAUGAGCUUCUGUUGCAGGUCUAGUCUAGAAUUUGUAUUGAAAUUCAAAAGUGCACUUAUAUUUUUUAAAGUUACAGACAUAGACACGCGCCAUAAUGUGACAUGCUCAUCCAAAGACCAAAUGUAUUUAGCAUAGUAUAGCUAGGUAGGUACUGUAUAAUAUUAAAUGAUAUAAGUAAGUGGUAUAUUAUAGUAUCUAUCAUAUUUAUAUGUAAAAAAAAACAUAGUUAUAUGACAUUGCAAAUGUCCAUUUUAUAUUAAAUGUAGCUUGUUGCAUUUUUGUUUUAAAAACCAUGUACUCUUCGCGGAGCUUAAAUUUAUUUGUUGAUUUUUUAUAUAAAGAUUUACGGAUUGUUACGUUUUAAUUGAAAAUUGGUGAGCUUUUUAAGGUUCCUAAAUGAGAUUUAAAAUUUGGCUUGGUCAGUAUAAAUCUAACAUCACAAUUACUGAAUGUCUUAUGAAAAAAUGAUUGCCUUGUGUAAGACGAAGCCUUAUUUUACCGCACUAGAGUUAAGAAAAGUUGAAAUGGGGCCAGUCUGCGGUCGGGCCGAUUCGCACUUGUUCAGGAUCGAUCGUGUAAGGAGGUAGGGAAGUAAUAGUAAUGGACUCGAUAAGUGUAAAUUAAUUAGUCAGAAGUACCUUUUGACGCACUAAGUCCAUUAUCGUAUUGGUGCUAAGAGAUCUGUUUUUCAAAUUUCAUUUAGAUGCCUCCAUUGCUAAACUUACUUCUAUUUAUCGCAAUGGAUGGUUCGUAGAAGUGAUAUAAUCGAAUUAUUGUUAAUUUUAAGCCAUCGCUCGCAAUCAGUUUUCAUUAAUUAGUAAUUAAAAUUAUAUUAUUCACCUCGCAACUUGGUUACGAGAUGAAUACAAUUGUUUCGUUGUUAAAUGUUUGAGAAACACUGAUCUAUAUUUUUUAUUAGUUAGGCCAUAGGGCAUAAUAAAGUCGGCACCCAAAGUGUAUUUGGUUCCAAAGUAUAUAUUGUUGAAUGUUUUGUUACUGGAGAAUGUGGUUCGAUAAUUAUUAUAUCCUUUUAUUGUAGAAAUAAAGUUUAUUCAUAUUA